CAAUUUAGUCGGGUACCUAUAUAAUCUUAUAUGUAUAUUCGAUUAUUUACGUUAAGUUGAGUUUUGUGGCCAGAAGAUCAGAUUCUGUUGCUGGAAGUUUUGUACCUCCUAUUUACGUACUUCAUCUCGAAAUAAUCAGGAUAACCAGAAAAUUUAAAAGAAAAACAAAAACAAGUCAAGGAAAACAAUCGUCGAGCUGAAGGUAAUGCAUUCCCAAUCAUAUCUUCAUUUCACCAUUUUUUGGGGGUUUCUGAGCAUCUCAGUUCAUGGAUUCCACGUGAAUAAUUCUGACACGCAUUCCAUAAGUGGAUCAAUUCGUUCUACUGAUCUUCCUGAAAACACAUCUGAUUCACUAUCAGAAUCUUUCAUCGAGUUGAUUAAACAAUUAACGGGUAUACAAGUUUAUUUGGAAACCAAGACGAGAGAUAUGGAAAAACGAGACAUUGAAUUGAGUCUGAAAGAAAAAGAAGCUGAAAAACAAAAGGAUGGAAUAAAAAGCCUAGAGCAGCUGCUCAAGCGAAAGGAAGAAUACAUCAAUAAAACAGCCGAAACUCUCAAUAAAACUGACUCCCAAGUAAAGCUUAGAGAGGCAGAGGUAAAACAAAAGGAAGACACAAUCAACAAAAAAGAAACCGAAGUCAAUUAUAACGAAUACUUGUUAAAAACACGAGAGGCAGAAGUAAAUAAAAAGGAAGACACAAUCAACAAAAAAGAAACUGAAGUCAAAAACAAUGAACAAUUGUUAAAAACACGAGAAAAACAGGUGAAUGAAAAAGAAAACGAAUUGGAAAAAUCGAAUGCAGGUGUGAGGAAGCAAAUAGAGCAAUUGAAACAGAAGGAAGAAACCAUUGAGAGAACUGAAACUGAAAUCGAAAAGAGAGAAAAAAAUUUGAAAAAACAAGAAGAAGUAUUGAAGAAAGAAGAAAUUAAAUUCUGUUCAGUUUCUUGGGUUCGUGUAUCUAGUGGUGAUGAACCUGCAAAUGCACUUGUAGGAGGACAAUACUAUUCACACGCUACCUUGUAUGUUGGGCGAGCUCACCAUAAAGGUUCCCUGAUUCCUGGAAAAGUAUAUCUCGGGACUAGGAUAUAUAUUGUAGAUAGUGGCCGUGAACAUAGAUACAAUGACAAUUAUGAAGUUGCUACAUUUGAUGAAAAAAAUAUCUGUCGAAUCUUUUGGGUCAAGGCAUCCUAUGGCAACGUCCCUACAAACGCAAUUGUAGGAGGAUAUGACAGUUCUGGAGAAAAAUUAUAUGUCGGAAGAGCAAUUCGCGAUGGUAAUUUGACUCCAGGAAAAGUACACCCCAGUCAUCAUUGCUUGUACAUUGGAUAUGAUGACCUUGAAUUUCGUUACACCCAGUACGAAGUUGCGGUAAUCGGAUUACGAGAUGAUAGCUAAGCCACACAUACGUUCAGCAAUUUUCCAAACAAAAAAAUCCUACCUAAGAGUUUAACUAGAAAAAAAAAUGUGUUUUAGGAUUUGUUUCAUGUUUAGUUUUCACAAAAACCUAUCUUGUCAACGUUCAAAAAAAUAAAAUAAAAAAUGGUUGAAAAAA